CAAAGAGCAGCAGUCUGAGAAAAGCUACGCCCAGAGCAGCUGCACAAAGAAAGUGUGGCAACAAAACACUGCUUUAACUCAUAUCUUUUCAACCUACGGUGUAGCUUUAUGCAUUCGGAGACCAAGUGGAGUCCCCCGGGCGACACAUUACAGAGGAGGACCUUUGAGGCAGCAGCGUGUAUGACGAUCCACCUAGCCUGUCUUGACUUUGACUGCAUUCACAAAAACCUCAACUUGCCACGAUGAAUGUGACAGACGCCGGCUGCAGCGUCCCCUCGGGAGAGUACCAGUACUACUUUUUCCCAGCGGUCUACAGUCUGGCUUUAGCUGCGGGUCUACCUGGAAAUCUGGUUGCCCUCUUCGUCUUCACCUUCAAGAUCACCCCUCGCACAGCCUUCAGUGUGUACAUCAGCAAUCUGGCUCUGGCAGACGUCAUCAUCCUCUGCACUCUACCCUUUAGGAUCCACUACCACCUCAACAGAAACAACUGGGUGUUUGGGGACGUCGCCUGCCGUAUCACUGGGAUUCUGUUCUUCACCAACAUCUACAUGAGCAUCUGUUUCAUGACUUGUAUCUGUGUGGAUCGCUACAUGGCCACCGUACAGCCGCACACCUAUCUGAGGCUGCGGGGCCCCUGGUGGUCUCUGGUUGUGAGUGGGGUGCUCUGGUGUGUCGCCGGGGUGGCUAUGCUGGUCUUCAUCCUCAUGGGACCUCUGGAAACCAAUGCAGACAAAUCUGGAAGCCACAGCUGUUUUGAGAACUUCGCCAAGCAUGAGUGGGACACGCGUUUGGUGGCGUUCAGCCUGCUGAGCCUUGUCUUUUGCUCCCUGCUGCCCUCCGUGAUCAUCCUGGUGUGUUACCCGCUGGCUGCGAGGCGCAUUUCCAUGAUAAGGACUAAAACAGCCCAAAGAGCCGUGAGGGUCAUCUACACCAUCCUGGCCAUCACGCUGCUCUGCUUCCUGCCCAACCACGUUGUGUACCUGUUGCACGUCCUUCGGCGCAUGGAUGUCAUCAAGAGCUGCUCGACUGCCAACAGAAUCUACAACGCCAGGCGGGUCACCAUGGCCCUCGUCACCCUCAACACAUGCCUGGACCCUGUGCUUUACUACGUCACCACCAGCCACUGCCACUGGAAGCGCUUGAAAAUGACAUGGAUGUGUGGACGAUUGAGGAGGAGCAGGGGUGUUUAUGCCAUUGCAGUGAGGUGAGUGAACUGAGAGGGGUGGCAGUAAAUGC